CCUCGAGGAAGCAGCAUGUCACUAACAUACAGUGACACACAAGCAACCCUGGGUAGUAAUCACAUUGUCCCGUUCAGUUUCAAAAGGAGAGAAGCGGACCUCAUCCAGAAACUGUCCAGCAGGCUACAAGAGAGACUGAGAACACACAGCAUUGAAUCAUCAGGAAAAUUGAAGAUUUCCCCUGAACAACAUUGGGAUUUUACAGCAGAGGACUUGAAAGACCUUGGAGAAAUUGGACGAGGCGCUUAUGGUUCUGUCAACAAAAUGGUCCACAAACCAAGUGGGCAAAUUAUGGCAGUUAAAAGAAUUCGGUCGACAGUGGAUGAAAAAGAACAGAAGCAGCUACUGAUGGACCUUGAUGUAGUGAUGCGAAGCAGUGACUGCCCGUAUAUUGUUCAGUUUUAUGGCGCGCUCUUCAGAGAGGGUGACUGUUGGAUCUGUAUGGAGCUCAUGUCUACCUCGUUUGAUAAGUUUUACAAAUAUGUAUAUAGUGUAUUAGAUGAUGUUAUUCCAGAAGAAAUCCUAGGCAAAAUCACUUUAGCUACUGUGAAAGCACUAAACCACUUAAAAGAAAACUUGAAAAUCAUUCACAGAGACAUCAAACCUUCCAAUAUUCUUCUGGACAGAAAUGGGAAUAUUAAACUCUGUGACUUUGGCAUUAGUGGACAGCUCGUGGACUCCAUUGCCAAAACGCGGGAUGCAGGGUGCCGGCCGUACAUGGCGCCGGAAAGGAUAGAUCCCAGCGCCUCCAGGCAAGGCUACGACGUCCGCUCAGAUGUCUGGAGCUUGGGGAUUACAUUGUACGAGCUGGCCACAGGGCGGUUCCCUUACCCCAAGUGGAACAGCGUGUUUGACCAGUUGACACAAGUAGUGAAAGGAGACCCACCACAGCUGAGCAACUCAGAGGAAAGGGAGUUCUCCCCCAGUUUCAUCAACUUCGUCAACUUGUGCCUUACAAAGGACGAGUCCAAAAGGCCAAAGUACAAAGAGCUUCUGAAACAUCCCUUCAUCCUGAUGUAUGAGGAACGCACAGUGGAUGUUGCAUGCUAUGUUUGUAAAAUCCUGGAUCAAAUGCCAGCAACUCCCAGCUCUCCAAUGUACGUGGAUUGAUAUUGCUGCUACAUCAAACUCUAGAAAAAGGGCUGAGGGAAACAAGCUGUAAAGAAUUUUCAUCACAUAUUGCAGUGUUUUUAAUGCUCGCCCAGACACCAUGUGCAAUAAUAUUGGUGUUAUUUCCAUCCUGUCUGUAUACUGUUGUCACAUAUAAAGUGCAUCCCUGUAAUACCUGAUCACACAGUGUUAGUGUUGGUCACAGAGAGACCUCAUCUUGCUCUUUUGUGGACAUAUUCAUGAAAUGUGGAAAUAAGUACAUUUAUUUGUUGACCGUGAUUGGAUAGCACCUAAAAUUAAUUUCUAGACUCAAAACUUGGAGAACUUCUCAGCAGCUACUGGAAAGAUUUUUCUCUCAAACUCUUCCAAUUGUUGUUUCAAGUAAUAAUAAAAAGCAAACAAACAAAGGUUAGGCGUUGUCUGUCUGAACAUUAAGAGACUUUGCCUGGCGGGAGAAGAACUUGCUUAACCAACGAGAUGCUUUGCCUUCUGGAGCUGGGAAGGCAAAGGAGAAUUUUAUUCUUCACAAAGUGCAAUAGAUUUACUGCUAUGAAAUUCUGUUGCUUUACAGUCGCAGUGUACUUUCUGGGGACAGUGUGCUCAGCUGAACUUCCUGUUAAAGAGAGAUCAUGUUAAAUAUAGUGAAUAUGUCUUUACCAAAAAUAUGUUGCAUUGAAAGAGGCUAACAUUAAACUAUUGAGAUGGGACAUAAUGUAUUCUUCCUCCUUUUACCAAGCCAGCCACUCUUCACUCUUAACUAGGUGUCCUGUAAAUUGUUACCUGGUAAGAUAAGACCUUUGACCUGAAGAAUUAUUAAACUACUUGAUUGAAUUUAA